AUGUUUAAUCAGCGUAUUAAGCGUGAGCGAAGGGAAGCAGCCAUUAGUGCCUCCCUGGUUAUGAGAUUGAAAGAGGCAGUGCAAAGUGUAUUACAGCCUGGAGGUACAGGUUGUAGUAGUUAUACUGGACAAAAUUCCUUCACAGGAUCUUUGGGACCAAUUCUUGGACAUUCAGACAAUACAAAUGCUUUGUGUAAUGUGUUGGAAGCAAUAUUUAUUCAUGGACUGCGUGAUUCUUUGGGUGAACGAAUGUCAUCUCUUCUGGGAUCUGACCCUGACCGGAUGCCUGUCCCAAACUUCUGGCCAGUCAUCUUAAUCAUAAGCCAUAGGGACUUAAUAGAGCAGGUAAGCGAGCUGUCAUUCAUCAGCAGUGAAGUUGGAAGAAGUCGUGCAUGGGUACGUGUAACCGUCAAUCAGGGACAGAUCUGUAGCUACCUCAGUGUGUUGCUGCAUGAUACUCGUACUCUCAAGGACUACUAUAGACCAACAGCAUUUUUGCGUGAUCCAGAACGCGGAGACAUUAUGUUGAGAGUUCUUCAGCCAAUAUCCUCACUUACUUUCAACCUAGCUACCAAUGCUGCUGUCCUCAACACCUGGACACAGACACCACUAGUGCUAGCUGGACUAUGGGCACCAAAUGUUCAGGUUGCAGUGUCUGAUCCUAUUUUGGCAGCAACAGAUGUUGCCAGCACGGUAUAUGAUGGACAAACUACAAAUGUGAACAGUAAUGUAUUUGAAACUCCAAUAAGUGACCAAAUGUUUGACAUGAUUAUUGGAGGAACACCAGAAACUAGUUUCAUAAGUGAUUAUAUGGAAAAACAUAAACCUUCAGCAAAAUUUGAAGAUGUUUCCACUCCUGGUGAAACUGAGCAAGAUUUACUUGAGAAACCCAAAGAUGCACAAGGAACAGAUAAAAAAGAGAAGAAUGAAUCUACAGUGUCUGGAAAAAGUGAGAGAGAUGUACAAGACCAUAAGAAACCAGAAGUUGUCUUAGAUGAAGACAGUUUGUUGGCAAAUCAGAAUAAUCAGUUUGAAAAUUCGUGCACUAGUACGUUAAGUAGCAAAGGCUAUGUGAGAGAAUGGAGCGAAGAUUCCCUCUCUCGAAGUGUGAUUGAAGGAGCACCAGAAUAUGAUAAACUUUUUUCAGAUUUUGGAUCAAUUGGUCUUUUUCCCUCAGUGCCAGGAUUAGCAGUAGCUGAUUUAGAGCCAUCUUCAUCAUCUACUUCAACCCCAAGUGUUGAGGUAUCCAAUGAGUCAUCACUCUCUGAUAUUGCUGAAAAGCUGAACUAUGAGAUUCUUCCACAUCAGCUACCAAGUGAAGAGGAUACCAGCCGCCUCUUACCAUUGCUAACACGACUGACAAGUGAGGAAGGUCUAGAUUCACAACAAUACCAAUGUCAUCAGUGUAAAUCAUAUAUUGGAAUGAUUUAUGGUAAACCAAGAGUGUGUAGUUAUGACUCAAAAUAUUACUGCUAUGAGUGUCACGAGGAUGAGGCUGCCUUGAUUCCUGCUCGCAUUGUACAUAAUUGGGAUUUAAGUGCUCAUCCUGUCUGUACCACCAAUGCACGAUGGUUAGCUGCCAUCCAGAAUCAACCUCUCAUUGAUCUCCGGACAGUCAACCCAAAGCUUUAUUGCCAUGUGGAUGACUUGGCUGAAAUGCAGAUGCUGCGUACUCAGUUACUGUAUGUACGGGCAUACCUAUUCACUUGUAGGUCAGGUGUUGGGGAACAACUAAGGAAGAUAUUAUGGCCAAGUGAACAUAUGUAUGAACAUGUUCACCUCUACUCAGUUUCUGAUUUACAGCUGGUGUCCACUGGCCAGCUUGUGCCUCGAGUAAGGCAGGCCGUCACCUUUGGCCGUGAGCACAUAAAUGGGUGUGAGGUGUGUUCCCCUCGAGGCUUCAUCUGUGAACUUUGUACAGAUAAUGAGAUCAUGUAUCCAUUCCAGCUUGGCAGUACAUAUACAUGUGCAGUGUGCUAUGGAGUGUACCAUGCCAUGUGUGCCCGAGGACAGAGGGCUUGUCCUCGUUGCAUCAGGAGAGCAGCCAGGAAAGAAAGAGAUCAAAGUUAAGUUGGUGAAUAUAUGAAAUGUGAUGAAUUCAUUUUGUUGUAUGUUUACAGAGGAAAGCAAAAUUACUCGAUAGUUAUUUGUAGUAGAUUUUAUAUACAGUAUUGUUACAUUUUCAAAGUGACAAGAGAAAAAAUUUUUUUUUUACCUGUUUUGCAACAAGACCACUUUUGAUUUAAUUUUUUGAGCAUGUAAAUUUGUAAAAAUCAUGCCAGAUUAUAUUACUCUGUAACUAUAAGUUCUAAAAAGGAUAGUGUUAUUUGAUCAUUAACUCAAGAAAAUUGUGCCUUUUACUCUAAGAUAUAAUUGAACUCUUUAUUUUCCCUUGUCUUUGAAAAGUAAACCUAUUUUUUCUUUGAUAUUUACAACCCAAGUGCUGUACACUUAAAUUAUCACUUUAUUGUAUUAUAAAAUACAAGAUUUAUUGAUUAUACAGUUUUGUGUGUACAGUACAAUGAUUUUCAUAUUAUCCCAUUUGUUAAGUUUAGGUGUAUUAUUUGAAAUUUUCAGUACAGGGCUUGUGUACACACUCUUGGAAAUAAACAUCAAAAUUUGGCAUGUAUGUAUGUUUAUUAUAUGUGAUAAAAUGCAAUGAAUAUACCUUCUGAUGUGUUA